GUGCUUAUGUGGCACAGCAUAAAGUCGCUGCUUACAUGCUAUCCUGCUGCUGCACGCUCCCUGGAUCAGGGAUAAAUCUCACAAACACUCACACACACACACACACACAGUUAUAAUGCAGUCAUAAGCAGAGACAGUGGGAAGCUGGAAGGAAUCUUAAUGCGCACACAGAUAUUCAUUGAGGCUGACACAACAGAUAAAUGCAUGCACUCCAAAAGGAUAUUGGAGGAUUGCCAGUGAAUUAAAGUGCCUGGGAAAAGAGUGAACGUGUGGAAGUGGAGGAGGGGAAAAUAGAAGGGAGGAAAGCAGAAGAUGAGUGCACACUGGGACUGGGAAUUGGCAGCAGAAGCGCAGAAAUGAAAUUUUCUCUCCCAUGCAAUGCAGACCUGUGCAUGUUCUCACUCAGCAUUUUGUCACAACUGAACUUCUCAGUUCUUACAGUCACUCUUUCUUUUUCUCUCUCUAUCAUCGUCCACUGGCACACGACCUCUCCUUACCUCCUGUUAUACCUCUUCGGACAGUUCUAUAGAUUAUUUACCAUCUGAUAUACACUCACGCUUCUCCAUCUCUGCCUCUUCCCCACUCUCUCCAUCGCUCUGUCUCUCCUCUCCUCUCCCCCCUCCUUCUCCUUUCUCUCUCUCUCUGUCUCUCAGGCUCUCUUUCUCAUUCUCUCACACCACCUGUUAGUGCAGACCUGUAAGCUUUGGAAUCCACUUGUUUAUGAGGGACUCAUUUAUACUCACGCAAUCGGAGCUCUAUGACGGUGCGUAAAGGAAAGAAACUCACCAUCUCCAUCCAGGAACACAUGGCCAUAGACGUCUGCCCGGGCCCGAUCCGACCAAUCAGACAGAUCUCUGCCUACUUCCCCCGUCUCUCCCCGACCGGCGAGCCCAUCUCCCCACACCCUGCCGCCUCUCCAGUGGCCCUCAGCCCUGGGCUCGGGGCUACUGGAGCGGGGAGCAGCACACUCCUCUCCCCACUGCAGGCCGGCGCCAGGGGAGCUGGUGGAACACUGUCAUUGUCCAGUAGUGUGGACACAUCAGUGGACAUCAACAGCUCUGACAGUGAUGACUGCACGGCUCUCGGGACGUUAGAGUUCGAAUUGCGGUAUGAGAGAGCAACCAGCUCCCUUCACUGCACCAUCCUCAGAGCCAAGGGUUUGAAGCCUAUGGAUUUCAACGGCCUGGCAGAUCCGUAUGUUAAGAUUCAUCUCCUGCCUGGAGCGAGUAAGGCUAAUAAGCUGAAAACCAAAACCGUACGGAAUUCUCUAAAUCCAGUCUGGAAUGAGACUCUAACAUACAUUGGAAUCACGGAAGAAGACAUGCACAGAAAGACCCUGAGGUUAUCAGUGUGUGAUGAGGACAAGCUGACUCAUAAUGAAUUUAUUGGUGAGUCGCGGGUGGCUCUGAGGCGUGUGAAACCAGACCAGACAAAACGCUUCUACACCUGCCUAGAGCAUCCACCCCCUCUUCCCUCCCCAACAGCAAUGGGAGCAGCACUGCGAGGAAUCUCCUGUUAUCUCAGAGAGUGGGAGCAUGAGCAGUUGCACAGUCUGGAGGAGAGAGGCCGUCUGUUACUGUCGCUCCAGUUCCUGCCUCCGCCUGUAGAGGGAGAUGGAGAGGCCCGGCGGGGAGGUCUGUGUGUCGGUGUUCAGCGCUGUGCUCACCUCGCCGCCAUGGACGUCAAUGGCUUCUCUGAUCCCUAUGUCAAAACAUAUCUGAAGCCUGAUGUGCAAAAGAAAUCAAAACAUAAAACGGCCGUGAUUAAAAAGACCCUUAACCCAGAAUUUAAUGAGGAGUUCUUUUAUGAGAUCUCUCUCACAGAACUGGUCAGUAAGACGCUAGAGGUCACCGUAUGGGACUAUGACCUGGGUCGAUCCAAUGAUUUUAUAGGUGGAGUGUGUCUGAGCUGUCACUCACAGGGAGAUGCGCUACGCCAUUGGAUGGACUGUCUGAGGAAUAAGGGACAGAGGGUGGAGCGAUGGCAUGUCCUGACCAAUGAACUCCCUCAGAGCUCCUGCCAGGAGUGAGGAUCUUACAGGGGAUGUCAAUGAUAACUUAAUGCUGCAUGGAGUUAGAGAUGAACACUCAGAGUGCAUUUGAGCACUUCAGACUUUGUGCACUAUAUGCUGUAUGUGCUCAUCAUAUACAUAGUCAAUGCAUGAUUGAUAUUCAUGACCGGCACAAAUACUGUAUUACUUGAACACACCUUGCUCGUUACCAGGAGAGUUUGAGGGAUGGACUGUCAGUCAGUUGCCUUUUGAUUCUAUGUUACUUGCUGGACCUUACCUGUCAGUCUCUCCCUAUCACUGCUGCACGUUUUAUACACAUUUUUUAACAAUAAAGCAAAUUCUAAUCCUCUCAGAAUCCCAUGUAGCAUAUCCUUCUGACUGAUUAUAGUAGAAAAUGUAUUUUAUUGUCAACACUUCAAUAAUUUGUGCCCAGGAGUGACAUGCAAUACAUUAACAGCCUGUAGGGAAAGAAGCAACGUGCCUGCAGUAAAAUUAAUAUCUUCUCAAUUACACAGGAAGCUUAUCAAGAGUCAAGUUUCUCACUAAUGCUUUUGGACACUGAAUGUAUCAAUUGGACAUCAGGACUGUUACUCAUAAACCAUCUCAGAAAUGAUAAGAACUGGAGUGGAAUCCAGACCUAAAUUAGCCUUCCUUCUUUCAGAAACCUUGUAAAUACUGGCACUCUCUUAUAAACACGACCAACCAUCUGUUUUGUAGCAUGAGGAAAUGUUUACAUCAUUAUCAAGCAUGCCCCAACAAUGUUUUUCCAGGGCUGUAAUUCUUGUAAUUUUGAAGUCCCAUUUGCUAAUGAUAUUUAUAUGUUUUUUUCCAGACAUACACUAAUAUUCACAUUGAUUAAUUUCUAAGGUUUUGGAUUGAUUUGUGUAUGUGUGCAUUGUUGUGGUCUGCAUGCCCAAUGGCGUGAGUGUGAGUUUAUAUUACUGUGUUAUUUGGGUAUUUAUUGAGUGUUGUACUUUUGAGGAUUUGUGAUUACUACAUUUGUAUGAAGUGUUUAUGUACAAUUUGGAAAUACAAAUGAAUGCAUUGCUCUAA